UUCUAAGGUGUGGUGUGGAGCUCAGAGCAGUGAAGACUCAGAUGAAGAUGAAGAUGAAGACGAAGCUGGUGGUGUUUUUACUUUGCCUGGUCCUGCUGACCGCUCACACAGAUGCCAACCCAAUCAUCAGGGAGAAGUAUGCCAAGCAGCUUCUGCGCAGCAAGAGGCAGGACUGGCCACUGAAGGCCGGCCACCCUGACGAGCCAAUGAGGGAACAUCUGCUCCACAUGCAGGCUCUGGACCAGAGGGCCCAGGAGACCAACCUGGAGUACUGGCUGAAUCCCCACUGCCCCCCGCGCUGCGACCGGAACUACGGACACCCGGUCUGAGCUGGACCAAGAAAACGACCAGGAUCGACGGAACACGGAUUUCACGGAGGCGACUGAAAAAAUGAAAGCAUUGAAAAAAUGAAAAAGCAAAAAACUUCACUUCCUAUUAUUUUCUUCUAAUCUCCAUAUGAAGACAAACUAUUAAAUAAGUUUUAUAAUGUAGAAAGGUGUAGUUUACCCUUUUUUGUAGCUGUAGUUUCUGUUUUGUUUUCACUAACAACUGUGAAAAAUAAAAAUAAACCAUGAGUAAAUACGA